AUAAGGUUGUACCGACACGCUCGAAUCGCCAACUCUCGUAAAUCCAUCGAAUAUAUCUAAUAAAAAUAGGAUAGUUUUUUUUUGAAUGAAUUGGUCUCAAUAAUUUGAGUUGUUGUUGAGAAAGGUGUAUGUAUAGAUAUUAACCACUUUCUUACACUUUCUCUCGAACGAAAAGCCAACUUCAUGAUCAAACCAGUUCUAAUAUCGUAUCAUAAACCAAAUAAUUUCAAUAGUUAUUGGGAGAGCUCUAAUAGAUGAAUGUUAACCAUUUUCUUACAAAGUCAUGAUGGGAUGCAAUAAUUGAACUUUCGCCGUUGUAGCGUUUCACUAUUGUCAAACUCUUCUUUCAUCAAGCUGUUCAUAGAAGCAGAACCUUCGUUGGGGUGGCCGCCGGCGGCCAACUUUAUAGAGACAAAAGGUGUUAGAUGGUUAAUUAUUAACGUAUGGCCUAAAAGUCGCGUCAAUCGUCUACGGCCAAAGGGGAUGUUUGUCCGGCGACGGCGAGGGUGAUAAUAAAAGGCUUACUUACCAUUCACUUCUUUGAUUUGCCGUGGAGAAGUGUACGAUGAUGAGUUUUUGUUGACGGAGAAUUUGGUUGCCAAUUCAACAUUAUCUAAGAUGACGGCUUGAAUAAUAUCAUUUAUCAUCAUUCUCCUCCCAAUUUUUCAAUGGAAACCCCCAAAAGAAGGUUAGGAAUUUCCGUUUAGCUUCAUAGUUCAAGUCAUAAGCAAAAGUAACGGAUCCAGUCUAACGACUAUGGAGUUAUUAAUAAGUAGAAUUUAAAUAAGCAGUAGUUUAAAUUUUCUAAAAAAGGGGGAAAAACGGGAUUAUAUAGGUGGUAUGGGGCGAGUAUCUCGAUAUCCAUACACGCCCUAUGACAAAUCGAGUACAUGUCAAGUAAUUUAUCACAUAGCACGAGUCUGGGCAGAUCAACUCAUAUUGUUAUGUAAUUUAUAAGAAAAACAAUACAAAUAUUCAUUUUUUAUUACAUUGAGAAACAAAAAAAAUUAGCUAAAUUAUUAGAAAAUUGACGUUGUCAUCUAUAUAGGUAAUAAAUGGGUCGAGAAUGAAGUGUGUCAUAACAAAUCAGAUCGGAAAAAAUACUCAUAACCGCCCCAACCCUCUCUACUUGCUGAGCAUAUAUUACUUGCACUAAACAGGUAAAAACAGGUCAGAUAAAAUGGAUCCGCUCAAAUUGUUGGGUGGAGUUUAUCUCGACCAACCACAAGUUCUAACGUGCGUUUGUAAGUCUCCAAGUUGGGUUUUGCAACCAUUUACCUAUUUUUAGCUCCACUCAUAUAUAUUUUUUAACUUUUACUUAUUCACCAAGAGUGAAUGUCCUCUUGGGCCAGAAUGAGACAUUAUGGUUGUAGUCGUACAAAGAAAUUUUUGAUAACCCCGAUGCCUUGUGGGCUAAGCUCCUGAAGGGGCUUUACUUUCCAUAUGAGGAGUUGUUCUCGGCAACGAAGGGGAGAAAGAGCUCCUGGGUUUGGAAUGGGUUGUGUGAGGCUAAGGAGCAGAUGAAGAGUGGUUUGUUAAGAGGUAUUAUGUCUGGUGAGGAUUCGUGGUUCCAUUGUGACCCUUGGCUUCCUUCUAUUCCAUGUUACAAUCUGUCUCACUUGGGGUUGGAACCAUCCAAAGUUAGUGAUUGGAUUGACCGUGAUUCUCGAAGUUGGAGAAUGGAGGCCAUUCGUAAUCUGGUGCCUGAUGAGAUUGCUCAUGCUAUUGCCCGUGUUCCGGUCGGUCCAUGUACUGCUAAGGACAGCUGGAUUUGGCGUCUUACAGAGUCAGGUGGUUACAGUGUUAAGUCUGCCUAUCGGAUGUUUCGAGAGACUCGAGAUUCCACUUUGGGUAAUGACUUGUUUUCCUCUUCUAGACCUAGCCGAGAUGAUUGGAAGUGGUUGUGGGGUCUCGAGCUGCCUCCUAAGCUUCGCCUUUUCAUUUGGAAAUGUGGUAAAAAUGCAAUUGCAACACGAGUGAGGUUGUUCGACCGCAAGUGUGCUCCUAACCCGCUGUGCCCACUCUGUGAGAACCAGGAGGAAACGAUUAUGCAUUGCUUCUUUCAUUGCCCCAAGGCGCUUGAGACUUGGACUCAGCUUGGGCUGCUUAAUGUGCUUCCUGUGGCUGACUCUUGCUUUGUGGAUUGGUUCUUUGGACUAAAAGACAGGGUUUCCGUUGGCCAGAUUACCAAGAUUGUGUGUUCCCUUUGGAACAUUUGGAUUGCUCGAAAUGCGUGGGUAUUUGAGAGUCGGGCGUUCUCUCCGUCCUCUGUGGCAAUUUUAGCCGAACGUGAUGUUUUGAAUGUCCAAGAAGCUAGGAUCGGAUCCUCAGCCAAUUUCUACUCAUGUCCAGCUGGAUUGCCUUCUCAGCCUGAGAGCUCUCGAUCGUCGACCUUAUCACCGCCUGGUCCUUUCUGUAAGGUUGUGCAUUGUGAUGGUUCCUUUGUUUCUGAUGCACAGGUGGCGGCUUAUGGGAUUGCUAUUGCAAACUCCCACGGUCAGGUUAUCGAUGGGAAGGCUGAGCGGUUCUUUUGUUCUUCCCCGCUUCAAGCGGAAGCGUUUGCGAUUCUUAAUGCAGUUAUCUGGGCGGCCCAGGACCCUGUACCAACGUGUGUUCGCUCUGACUGUCAGAGGUUGACUAAUGCGUUGAGACAAGAUCCGAGCCUGUGGCCCUGGCAGUGUCGGGCAUCCCUUGCUCGUGUGGUUUCCAUUCUCUGUGUUUCUCCUUGGAUCACGGUUGAGUUUGUUCCUCGUCGAUUUAAUAAGGUGGCUGAUUGGAUCGCUAGGAACUCUCGCCUUGAUCUCCUUCAUCCGGAAUGGAUUUUCAUUGCCAACCUUGUCGCUCCAUUAUUGUAAUCGUUGUGCUCCCCUUGGUUGGGUUUGGAAUGAAAUGAAUGAUGCCUAUUGUCAAAAAAAAAAAAAGUACAAAGAAAUUGAUGUAGAAGAAGACAAAUUAAACGUGUAAAACACCCACACCAGAGUAAAUAAUUGAGGGUCGAAGUUAUAUAUUAUUUGGUUGACUUGUACCUUGCGAGGAAGAUGAAGGGAGAUCAUAUUUGUUGACGUUUCUCCUAUGGAUGAUAAAUGCGACCAUGAUGCUAUAUAAGAAUUUGGUUAUUUGUGACCAGAAAAUACGCUUUAUCAUGGCUAAUGUUUAAUGUAAAGAAGUUGUUAAAUAACAUAUAUGAACAUCUCUUAACAACUCGAGUUAUUGGGAUUUGUGCAAAUUUCAAGACCAUGGGUUGGUUUUCAUUUGAGGGAGCGUGUAAAGAAGUUAUUAAGUAGCAUACAUAAAUCUCUUCCAACAACUCGAGUUAUUGAGACCAAUUUUUGGACGUUUGUCGAAGUCCAUAAUUUGACUUGCAUAGUUGACACCAGAGUAUCAUCGGGUUUGGCAAAAUCUUGGGGGAAUAGCUCCAAUUAUGUGAAUAAGUUGGUUUUUGAAUGAUAUUAGAGUUUCAGUGUGAGAAUUCAUGUGUUCAAAUCCUCACGAUCGACCAUCGUGUUAACACAGUUGGUUUAAGCAAGAUACGACAACACAUGUCAUGUCAACUUCAAGUACAAUGAGUGUUUUCGUAUUAAACUUGGUUAAACCUCUCCGAACAAUUUGAAUUAUUGGUAUCUGUUAGGAUACAAUCUUAAGCAUCACAUUGGAAAUACAAGGGAAGGACCCUUGUAUACAAGUGUCCACCUAGCCAAUUAGUAUGUACUAUGUAGCCUUUUGGAAAGCAACCCAAAAAUAAAUAAGUGCAAGCUCGACUCAAAGAUGACAACAUCAUACCAAUGGAACUAUAUGAUUUCAACAAUUUGUAUCAGAGCCUGAUUUCAGAGUUUGAAUCCGGGGUUGUGGACGUCAUUCAGUGGCCUCGAAAUCUAUCAUAUGCAUUUGUUUGAUAGAUCAAAGAAUAUAUGAAUUUGGUCAACUGUCUGGCGGAUCAAAUAUAAAUCUGCAUCUAAUCAAUCCUUGGAUCGAAGAGCCUGUCGAUACAAUUCUCAACAGUAUCCAACCAUACAUCAUGAGUGUUGUGGCCACUUCCAUCCAAUUUGCCCGUUGUCAAAGGUCACCAAACUAUACUAACCAUACUUUUGCUAACACUUCCCCAUGACCUCUAUCUCAUGAUGAUAUAUCAGAUUCAUAAUAUUAUUGCUUUCUCCAAACCUUUAUUAGAGCCAUUUUUACCCUCUUCUAGACCUAAAAAGACAGACAAACAGAGCUCAUAAUUGAGUUCUCCAAUUUGCUUUUGUUCUGGGGUGAAAUAAUUGUGUAGUACCCAUUUGCUUGUUGCACUCAAUUAUUGAUGGUUUGUUGUUGUUCAUGGUUCACAUGCACACAAAUCAUUUACUUUCUGUACUAGGUACUAUAGAUUCCCCAGGGAUGCUUUCUCAAAAAUAUUUUAAUUUGUUCUUAGUGUGGUUCCCACUACAAAGCAUUAUGUGGCUUACAUGAGAUAUUUGGUAGGUAGGAAACUCUCCCAACCACACCAUUCCAAGUUUGAUCCAUGUUUGAACAUUUAGGUAGAAAAUGUCGAUUUAUGUGUAACUUCUUACAUAAAGAAUGAUCCUUUGUAAACUUUUAAAAAAGUUGCAUUUGGUUUCUACACGUAUAUAUGAAAAUGCUUUUUUUUUCGUGUUGCUCGAAUUCGAAAAUACAGAGAAUAUGUUUAC